AUGUUGAUUGAGGAAUACCACAAGGAUGUGCCCACCCAGGCCGGUGGUGACAUGCGCAUCUUCUUCUUCCACCCCAAGAUUGAUGGGUACCCGAAGGCAAAGUUUCCUGGUGUCGUCGUGUUCAGCGAGAUCUAUCAGGUGACCGGCCCGGUCUCACGCUUCGCGCGCCAGAUCGCGAGCCAGGGCUACAUCGCGGCGGCGGUAUCGUCGUACCACGAGUUUACGGGUCCGGAGCCGCUGGCGUACGACGGGCCCGGCACGGACAAGGGCAACGAGCUCAAGAUCACGAAGGAGGUUUCGGCGUACGACGAGGACGCACGGCUGGGCGUGGACGCGCUGCUGGCGCUGCCGACGUGCAACGGGCGCAUCGGCGCGACGGGCAUGUGCCUGGGCGGCCACCUCGCCUUCCGCUGCGCCUUUGACGAGCGCGUGCGCGCCGCCGUCUGCUUCUUCGCCACCGACAUCCACAGCAGCACGCUCGGCAAGGGCAAGUCCGACGACAGCUUGAAGCGCGUCAAGGAUAUCAAGGGCGAGCUGGUCAUGAUCUUCGGCAAGCGUGACACCCACGUCCCGCCGCCGGGCCGCGACCUGAUCCGCAAGACGCUGCACGAUGCCGGCGUGGCCUUCUCCUUCUACGAGCAUGCCUGGGCCCAGCACGCCUUCAUCCGCGACGAGCUGUCCAAGGGCCGCUACGACGCCGCUCUCACCGGCGUCUGCUUCCAGAUGCUGCUCGAGCUCUUCAAUCGCACCCUGCGCUCCGACCUCGGCCCCCGCGAGGGCAACGUCGCCGAGCCCGAGGACGUGUGCUAA